AUGGAUAUAAAACCAUUGACAACAACUCCUCAUACAUCAUCAUCAACAUCCAUUACAAAACCAUCAUUUUCUCCAUCUUCACCUUCAACAUCAACAUCAACAUCAACCCCCAUUAUGACUUCGCCAUCAGAUACUACUUCCCCUGCUGCUUCUUGCAACACUCCAUUAUCACUUGAUAUUGAUCCAGAUACCUUUAAACCUACUUUACCUCCUAGAAAGAGAGCUAAAACGGAUGAAGAAAAGGAACAAAGAAGAGUAGAACGUAUAUUACGUAAUAGACGAGCCGCUCAUGCAUCACGUGAAAAAAAGAGAAAACAUGUUGAAUAUUUAGAAGCUUAUGUUGUACAAUUAGAAUCCAAUUUAUCAAUAUUACAAACAAAUUUCGACAAUACUGUCAAUAUUUUAACUGAUGAUCAAAAGAAGGUAGUUGAACAACAACCAGAAUUAAUUGAUGUUAGUGAUUUAAAACAAAAAAUUUAUGAAAAUUUAAGUAAUUCAAGACAAAGAAAUGGUGGUGGUUGUUCUUCUAAAGAUGAUACUGAAGAUUGUGAAGAUGAAGAUCAUGAAGAUGAUGAAGAACAUGAACAACAACAGCAGCCAACUCCUAAAAAGAGAAAGGUUUCUUCUUCAAAAGUAAAACAAGAAAAUAAGAAGUCUACUACUACCAGUUCUACAUCAACGUCAUCAACAACUACAACCAAUUCCACUUCCAUUCAAAUAAAAAAAGAAUAUCAAGAUUCUAUAUUCUUAACUAAACCUGAACAAAGUUCUAUGAAUGACAAUGAUACACCAUUCUACAAUUAUUUAUCACCAAUUUCAAUCCAUUCACCAGAUAAUUCUCCAAUUGAUUUAACCUUAAAAUCAUCCUUACCUUCCUUAAUCACAUUUGAUUCCACAACAACAGUAUCCUCAUUAAAUUCAACUACUGUCCCUACUCCAAAAGAUUCAUCAUCAUCAUCUACCACUACAUCAAUCAAUUCAACUCCAACAACUUCUGUAUACGAAUCAGCUAAUUCAUAUGAAAUGGGGCAAAAUUCAGCAGUAAUUUUGUCAACACCAUCCUCCUCCUACUACACCCUCACUGUCCAACAGCAACAACAACUGUAUAUCAGGAACACGACGACACCUAAUACAAUGAACGAAAAGAUAGUUCUCUGCUUGUCCUAA